CGCUUAGCAGCCCCGACUUUAGUUGCUACACAGUAUACAGUGCGUUCUGGGCAACUUUCGUGAUCUUCGCGCAGAAUGGGUUUGCUAUCGCUUCUGCGAAGUCUAAAGUCAAAUGCAAGUAAGGAAUUGAGGAUUCUUUUCCUUGGUUUGGACAAUGCCGGCAAAACUACGAUUUUGAAGCAGCUUUCUCAUGAAGAAAUAACUCAGAUCACCCCAACGCAGGGAUUUAACAUCAAAAGUGUCCAAGCCCAAGGUUUUAAGUUAAACGUAUGGGAUAUAGGAGGUCAAAAAGCCAUUCGUCCGUAUUGGAAAAAUUAUUACGAACACGUUGACGUUCUGGUUUAUGUUAUAGAUAGCGGAGAUCGGAAGAGAAUAGAGGAAAAUGGUAUUGAACUAGAAGAGCUGCUCUCUGAGGAGAAACUAUCUGGUGUACCUAUGCUUGUUUUUGCUAAUAAACAGGAUCUUUUGGGAGCUCAACCUCCAGAUGAGAUAUCAGAUAAAUUAAGCCUUCACACAAUAAAAGACAGAAAAUGGCAGAUUCAAGCAUGCUCAGCAAAAAGAGGGGAGGGUAUUAAGGAAGGAUUGGAAUGGGCAUUGAAGAAUAUUUCAAGUGUUUCAAAGAAAUAAAUUUUUAGUUUAUAUGUAAUACAUUUUACUCACCUCUAGUGCUUUCUUUUUAUGUACAAAAUAAGCCAAUCAGUUUUCAUGUCAAAUCACCAGUCAUACAAUUUAUCACUCUUUAUUGCAUGCCAUAUCUUAUAAGGGUGCAGAUUGCGUGUGUGUUUCUCACCAGCUUGCUAGCUCACCAGUACCUCUAGCUUAGAUAAACACAAUAGACAGAGAUGAAAGUCCUGCUUUUAAGUAUAUGUUAAUGGAAAAGAAUUCUAACAAAAAAAAGAAAAGUUGUGGCUCAUCUGAUUUUUGUAGCACCAUUAUUAUGCAUUAUACAGCCUGUGUUAGUUAGUUUUUAAGUUAAACAUCUCAGGCUGUAAAUCAUGGCUAAUCUGUUUAAGCUUCACUGUAUCAUAGGUGUAUUUUGUUCAAAAGUUGACGUGUAUUAUUGGAGAAUGUGAAGUUAGUCAUUUAUCUCUCUUAUUUCAAGCAUGACAGGUAACAUAAAUAUUCAAACCAGUAGAGCGAUCCUUUAACUGUUGAAUUUUCAAGAACUCCAAAGAGUUUUGGGCAGUACAAGAGUUACUACAGGUGGUGAAUUUCAAUGGUUAUAGCCUGAAUAGGAGAACACUGUGAGUGUUACAUUCUUGUGUAAUGAAACAAUGUCAGUGUCUUGUAGGGAAUGUAUUGUUAAGUUAUUAUUGUCAUUGGUUGCUUAAAAUCUUGUUAGUCAGGUAUUAGCCUGAAAGUGGGCUCCUAUUGGUGUUGUGACAAAAGUUGCAAAUCACUCAACAGGUUUUAGUGGUCUGAUCUUGCGGACUUGCAGCUCCUACCUUAGCACCAAGGUGCUGGCUUUGCAGGUUUAGUUGCUUUAAAUGCAAUAAUUAACUAUUAGCUUAAUUACUGUGCCUCAAGUUGUCCAGUUAUCAUUAAAUUGUUAUUGUUAUCAUAAA